UUGGGCUGUUUCCUUAUUGACAUGUGCCUCUUCAUACUUCUAUAAUUUUACUCUCUCGAUCGCUUCUCAGCCUUUUGGCCAAGAUCAAGUGUAUAAUUUUACUCUCUCAGCUGGAUGUGAAUGACAUUAGAUAAAGAUGAUUGACAAUGAUAUUUAUUCUGUAUUACAAUUGUCUACUGAACCUCCAGCCCAGAAUGACUACAGACCACAGGAAAAAGUUUCUUCUCCCAGGUCCCCUCUCUCGCGCCAUGUGGCAAUAGCUUUGGGACUUCUGAACGCCCUUCUUAUGUGUUUGCUGCUUGUCCCGUGGAUUCUGUGCCAAGGUUCCACUCGUGCCAGUUGUCCUAGUUGCCCAGACUUCUGGGUGAGGUAUGGCGACUACUGUUACUACUUCUCAGUGGAGAAAAACAACUGGGAUUCUAGUCUGGACUUCUGCUUAGCUGAAGACUCCCAUCUCCUUAUGCUUACAGGCAACCAGGAAAUGAGCCUGCUUCAACCUCUCCUCAAAGAGGACUUUUAUUGGAUUGGUCUGAGGAACACUUCUGGCUGGAGGUGGGAAGAUGGGUCAGCCCUAAACUUUUCAAGGAUUAUUUCAAACAGCUUGAUACAGAAGUGUGGUACCUUCAGCAAAAGUGGUUUCCUAGGCUCUAGCUGUGAGGCUCUUUUACAGUGGGUCUGUAAGAAGGUCAGACUUUGAUGGGUGGAUCUGUCAUAUAGCUCCCUAAAAAGGGGGAGCCAGCCUCUGGGUGCUGGGAUAGUCAUGAGUGUAUAUUUAGUGAAAGCCGAACCUUCUAGAACAUGGCAUUAGAUGUAAGAUUAAUGCGAUUUCCCUGGGACUGAUGGUUUAUUGCUGGACUCUCUUUGAGAACAGUUAGAUAUUAACAAUUUAAAGAUCAGAUCUAGGAAAAUUUGUGAAAGAAAAUAUUGUUUUAGUACUUCUCACAGUAGUGACUGAUGCUGCCUUCUUCACCCCCAUUCCCACCAUCUCUGUCAAAAAUGUACCUUUUCUGUGUUAUGGUCUGAACUGGUCCGACGAUAUCCAUGCAAAUAUAUACUAUUGCUAAUGUAUUACAGAGUUUUGAUGUGUGCUAAUAGGCUGGCAUGUUACUUAUCCCUGAUAAUAUGUUUUUCUCCUAACAAUGGCCCUUUGCAAAUAAAGCUUUAUUCUAAAGAAUACUGCCAAUCGUGACAAGUAGAAAGUGGAUAAAAACAGGGUGAUGCUUUCUGCUUCUCAGCUCUCUACCACUUAGAGACUUGGCCUUGGCUGAAUUUAAUUGUUCUGGGUAUGCGUAAAUGUGGAUGAAUAAACCAAUGUAUGACCAUAUUUUUCCA